GUGUGUGUGUGUGUGUGUGUAUGUGUACAUCCUUGUAUGGCCCCACGCUAGACAAGCAGCAGGACGCUUCGCAGAGAUCACUCGGACAUGAGACACUUACUGAGCCUUCAACGGGUGGCCACCAGGGCCUUCAAUACAACAGCCAAGCAGAUGAAGAACAGGGUUCCAGAGAAGCAGAAGAUUUUCCAGGCGGACAAUGGUUUGCCAGUCCAUAUCAAAGGGGGAACCACUGAUAUGCUCCUCUACCGCAUAACCAUGACCCUCACUGUUGUUGGUACUGGACUUUCCUUUUACUGGCUUCUGGUGGCUGCGAUGCCCAGAAGAAAAUCAGAAUAAGGAAAGAAAAAAAAAAAGAGGAUCUGAGAGAACUAUUCAUGUGUCAUAUGAAUUCAAUUAAAAUGUUGUACAGACAAUUCUGAUUAAAGAAAAUCCUGAUGUA